AUCCAGCGUCCAGUCGGCCCCUUAACCAGCCGCUGGCCAAUCCGGGUGGGCUUAAUCUGGACUCUAUUUCCCAGAAGGCCUCGCGGCUCGAGGCGACGAGCCUGGGCGUUACUGUCUUGGCGGCAGUUGGUGGAGCCGCAGCUGCGAACUUGCGGCUGCGCGUUUACCUGAGUCUGUACUGGAACUCUUCUCAACCCACCAGGCUAACCCCGUACACUGGGGCGCCAAUUCGAGCGCUGCGUGGGAUUUCGUGUCCGCCGAAGUCAGCACGCUUCACCUUGUCUCCUUGCGGCUCAGCAGAAUCCAGUCCGAACUGCCAUCGUCUCGUCGCCAUGGCGCCCACCAUCCAGACCCAGGCCCAGCGGGAGGAUGGCCACAGGCCUAAUUCCCACCGGACUCUGCCUGAGAGGUCUGGAGUGGUCUGCCGAGUCAAGUACUGCAAUAGCCUCCCUGACAUCCCCUUCGACCCCAAGUUCAUCACGUACCCCUUUGACCAGAACAGGUUCGUCCAGUACAAAGCGACUUCCUUGGAAAAACAGCACAAACAUGACCUCCUGACAGAGCCAGACCUGGGGGUUACCAUUGACCUGAUCAACCCUGACACCUACCGCAUUGACCCCAGUGUACUUCUAGAUCCAGCUGAUGAGAAGCUUCUGGAAGAGGAGAUUCAGGCCCCCACUAGCUCCAAGAGGUCGCAGCAGCAUGCGAAGGUGGUACCAUGGAUGCGGAAGACAGAGUACAUUUCCACUGAGUUCAAUCGUUAUGGUAUCUCCAAUGAGAAGCCUGAGGUCAAGAUUGGGGUUUCUGUGAAACAGCAGUUCACUGAGGAAGAAAUAUACAAAGACAGGGAUAGCCAGAUCACAGCCAUUGAGAAGACUUUUGAGGAUGCCCAAAAAUCGAUCUCCCAGCAUUAUAGCAAGCCCCGAGUGACACCGGUGGAGGUCAUGCCUGUCUUUCCAGACUUUAAGAUGUGGAUCAAUCCAUGCGCUCAGGUAAUCUUUGACUCAGACCCAGCCCCCAAGGACACAAGUGGUGCAGCUGCAUUAGAGAUGAUGUCUCAGGCCAUGAUUAGGGGCAUGAUGGAUGAGGAAGGGAACCAGUUUGUUGCCUACUUCCUGCCUGUGGAAGAGACGUUGAAAAAACGAAAACGGGACCAGGAGGAGGAAAUGGACUAUGCCCCAGAUGAUGUGUAUGACUACAAGAUUGCUCGGGAGUAUAACUGGAAUGUGAAGAACAAGGCUAGCAAGGGCUACGAGGAAAACUACUUCUUCAUCUUCCGAGAGGGUGAUGGAGUUUACUACAAUGAGUUGGAGACCAGGGUCCGCCUGAGUAAGCGCCGGGCCAAGGCUGGGGUUCAGUCGGGUACCAAUGCUCUGCUUGUGGUCAAACACCGGGACAUGAAUGAGAAGGAAUUAGAAGCUCAGGAGGCACGGAAAGCCCAGCUGGAGAACCAUGAACCUGAGGAGGAAGAGGAAGAGGAGAUGGAGACAGAAGAGAAAGAAGCUGGGGGCUCAGAUGAGGAGCACGAGAAAGGCAGCAGCAGUGAAAAAGAAGGCAGCGAAGAUGAGCGCUCUGGCAGUGAGAGUGAACGGGAGGAGGGUGACAGGGAUGAGGCGAGUGACAAGAGUGGUAGCGGUGAGGAAGAGAGCAGUGAGGAUGAGGCCCGAGCCGCCCGGGACAAAGAGGAGAUCUUCGGCAGUGAUGCGGAUUCAGAGGAUGCUGACUCUGAUGAUGAGGACAGAGGACGAGCCCAUGGCAGUGACAAUGAUUCAGAGAGCGGCAGUGAUGGGGGUGGCCAGCGGAGCCCGAGCCCCAGCCCCAGCCCCAGCCGCAGCGCCAGUCCCUUCCCCAGUGGCAGUGAGCACUCAGCCCAGGAGGAUGGCAGUGAAGUUGCACCUUCUGAUUCCAGUGAAGCCGACAGUGACAGUGACUGAGUCCCAGGGCCUUCAGGGCUGGCGCAGACAUGAUUAUUAUGCGCAGGAAGGCACUUCCAGUGGUCCAUUUGCGAGCCUUUUACUUUGUUUCCCUGCCUUCCUCCAAACCUUUGCUGUUAAUAAAGCCAGCUUCUAUAUUUCCCUUACCAGGCCCUAUGGUCUCAUUCUGCCUACAUCUCCCCAUUCCCACCCCAUCCCUUCCCGCACCUGCUACCCCAGGCACUUGGUGGCCUCAGCUUAAGGCAUAAGAAGCAAAGUCCACAAAGGCAGGACCAUUAGGUUUUCAAUGAAAUGUAGCAUAACAAAGGUCAGAAUCGGUUUUUUUUUGGUUUUUUUUUUUCCAAAAUAAGCCCAGACCAUUAAACAAGUGAAACUCCAACAAA